UAAGAGCAAAGAAGAAGGACAAGUGUGCAGCAUGCUGUUUUGUCUCGGCCGUCGAUGGGUCAAGGAGCUUGCUUGAUGGAGAAACCCUAACCUUGGAGGGCCGUAGCUGAUAGUUUAUUGGUACUUGCUGUUAAAGUUUAGUCGGUGUCAGUUUGCCUGGGUAUCGGACUCCAUUGUGACUUACCAAUUUUGUUUGGAAAAGUAGAGGUUGCUGGAAACAAAGAUGAGCUCAGCAGCAACAAGUAGAAUGGCAGCUCGACGCCAGAACCAAAAGGAUAACUUCGUCGGAGCAGAAAUCAAGAAAGCUCGCAGAGUAUCGGAAUUGAGGAAUAGGCAGAAGGAGAAACGCAGGUCUGUGUGGGAUCAGGGACGAGAUGGUCUGUCCCACUUCGAGGAGGAGGAAGAAGUCCACGACGAAUCAGCAGCAGCCACAGAAACAAGAGCGGACGACCGCAAGCAGAUGCUCUUGCAAUGGAAGAAGAAAAGAAAUGAGCAGAUGGCCCGCGUGAAAUCGCACCAGCCCAAACCCUUCAAAGUGGGCAGCCGCAAUGUUGGAGCUCCCGUACCUUUGCCCUCGGUGUCUGCCGUCAAUAAGCCCAUGCCGAAGCCGACGCCAAAGCCGACAACGAAGCCAGUGCCGCACCAGUUCACUCAGCGCGCUGUCCGCAGCUCCACUCGUGCACAGAGGAUGGAGAGCAAGGAGAAUAGACAACAAGCAGCAGCAAGUCGUCGAGCUACCAAGGAUAGAAAGAAUGCACCUACUGCGAAAAGCAGUCAAUCUGCGGCCAAGCCCCUGAAGGAAUCCAACCUGCCAACCAUGGAAUUCAACUUUGGCAGUGCCACUGGAGCUGCUGCGACUCUCGGCUGCGUUCCAUCUGACAAAUUCAGCAGUGUCUUCCCGGGUGGCGAGUUCUCGCCAUUCAAGUUCAAUUUCCGGAAGAACCUGAAUGCAACUGCUGGCCUAGUGACUGUUCGUGGAGAAAAGCCGGCAACACCACCAUGCGGCUUGCCAUCCACCGAUUCUCCAGCCCUGUGGCCCAACACUCCGUCUAAUGGCUCUGCAGAAUCCAGUUCCGAUAAGACAGUUGCCAGCUGCGUUCGGAGGAGGCCGAAAACGCCGCGUGCCCAGCACCCACCGAGUCUUCUAUCUACACCGUGCCCCAGUGGAGCUGCUGCCAUCAGCGCCGCCGCCACCGCUGCCUCGCCACCUCUACAGGAAGCGACUGGCACUUCACCGUGCGUCGCUAAGCUCGCCGGCCUCGGCCUCUCCUCUCCAGUGCUGGCCGAUACUUCUUCCUCCUCUUCCUCUUCUUCAUCGGUGCCUUCCUCACCCCAGACCGAAGUCUCUCCUGUCUGCGUAACUCGUGGGGAAGCGUCGUCAGCUUCUUCCACGUCAUCCAGUGAUGAAGCAGCAUCGCCAAGGGCCGAGAAUGUCUCUGCCCCAUUCCGACGCACCAUGGACACAACAGCCAUUGAGCUCCAUUCGCUGGCAGACACGUGGGAUGGCACGGUCGAUGAACAUCGCCAUGAACUCUCCGAAGACAUCGUUGGUCGGAUCGACACAGCCGUUGGUCAGGCUCGGUUGCUCAUCCGCGAACGCUUCAAGCAAUUCUCCAAGCUGUGCGAUGGUGCUGAUAAUCCUUCUGGCGACAAGUUAACACAUGCGUCUGACCUGCAAGGCUUCUGGGAGAUGAUCAGCUUUCAGAUCGACGACGUGAAGCAGAAAUUCGAAGCCCUGACAAAGCUAAAGGAGAGCAACUGGGAAGUGGUGUCAAAAACGCCGAAGAAGAAGCCCAAAGCCAAGAAGAUCACAAAGAAGAAGACUCCGGCCAAGGCGGCAGCCGCAGCACGAGAACGGAUGCGACAGUUCCGCAUGGCGAAAAAGCUGGAACUGGAAGCUGUUGCCGCUAAGGAAGGCGAGGACGCGGCUGUCGUGGAGGAUGCUGGCGCUUGCUCUUCUUCAACUGUUGCGGAAAGCGUGCGUACACCAGAGGCGAAAGCAUCGCGAAAGAACACCCCAGUCUGCUCAGCCACCCGCAAGACACCGUCAAGUUCGAGUUCAGUCUCUUCUCCUAAGAAACGAACGCCACGCAGCCCGGCAACGAAAGCCAAGACGCCUCGCACGAAAACACGCCGUGGCUCCCUCCUGCAAUCGGCUAUUGCCAAGUCGGCCAAGAAGCACCAACAGAAGCUGCUGCUCCAGCAGCAAGAGCAGCCUCCUAGCAAUGCCGGCUUUGAUUUCUCUGCAUACAUCGAGCCACUAUCGGCCUCCAAGCAGAUGAAGGGAUGGCAGCCUGGCUGGCAAGCGCCUCCGGUGGAAACUGAUGGAGCAGAUCUGAUGUCCUUUUCUCCUGCUGGUGCUGCCUCACGGUCUACGAAGAAGGUGAAACCGAUCGGCAAAGCGGGCUCCCCCGCUGGUGCCUUUGUGCGCAGUCUUGCUCCGUGCACGCCGUCAAACUCCGCCAGGGGGAGAGUGUCCAGCAUAUGCACAAUGAAUAACCAUGUGGUGAUGACGCCGGUGCGACGAUCCCUGCGCCUUCGCACGCCGCACAAGGAGGACGGUGAAGCCUUCAGUAGCGCUGCCAAUAUCGGGGAAGGGCUUCCCAACCUGGCAGAGUACAGCGUGUGGCCGAACAUGGCGUUAGAGUGAACCCGAUGUUCUCUAGCGUCUCGGAUCCUGUCCUUUGCUGCCGUUUCGAGUCACCGGUUUGUGCUGUGUAUGUAGUUCUAGUUGUUUUGUUUGUUUUUGCCAUCAUUGCGUUCUUCCAAUGGCCAUAAACACAGAAUAUUCUUGGUUUUGUGUCGGUUGUGCUGCUGCUGGCUGUCUAAGUGUGACUGCAGUGUUAGCGUGUACUUAUAGAGGUUGUGUUUGCGUACUGUGGUUGUGUUACGCAAACUUUCCGCUUCCGUGUGUUCAGAAGUAGGUAGGCUGUUCAUUGUUUGUGUGUGGGUGUGGGU